CACACUGUGUCUAAUGAACAACAAAACACAUUUAACUUUUUUACAGUAAAAAGUUAAAUAUAUAUAUUUAUAAAGAGCUUUUCACCCUCUAAAUAAACCACCACAAUGCCAACGAUUGGAGUUAAGCGGGAUCUGCUUUUUGAAGCCCUGGGCAAGAAAUACACCGAUGAUGAGUUCCAAGAGCUCUGCUUUGCCUUUGGUCUGGAGUUGGAUGAAGUGACCACAGAGAAGCAAAUGCUGACAAAGGAGCAGGGAGAUGUUGCCGCAGCGGCGGAUGCCAGUGAGGAAAUCAUCUACAGGAUCGAUAUUCCUGCCAAUCGUUACGACUUGCUCUGUCUAGAGGGCUUGGUUACGGGUCUGCGAGUCUUUCAGGGACAAGUUAAACCACCCAAGUUUGAGUUUGUGGAGCCAUCACAGCGUCAAGUGUUGACAAUCAUGCCGUCAACGGCGCAAAUUCGACCAUAUGCUGUGGCUGCUGUCUUACGCAAUGUUACCUUUACGCAGGAUUCGUACAACAGCUUCAUUGAUCUGCAGGACAAGUUGCAUCAGAACAUUUGCCGCAAGCGCACAUUGGUAGCGAUUGGCACUCAUGAUCUGGACACUUUGCAAGGACCAUUUAGCUAUGAAGCCUUGCCGCCGGAGCAAAUCAAAUUUGUACCACUCAACCAGACGCGGGAGCUGAACGGCGUUCAACUGAUGGAUUUCUACGCCACUCACGCUCAGCUCAAACAAUAUUUGCCCAUCAUUCGCGAUUCGCCUGUCUAUCCAGUGAUCUACGAUGCCAAUCGUGUUGUUUUAUCGCUACCACCCAUAAUUAAUGGAGAUCACUCAAAGAUUUCGCUGAAAACCAAAAAUGUUUUCAUUGAAUGCACCGCCACGGAUUUGACCAAAGCCAAGGUAGUGUUGGACACCAUUGUAUGCUUGUUCUCGGAGCACUGCAGCCAAAAGUUCACGGUCGAGCCUUGUAAUGUAGUCCAAACGGACGGCACAACUAUUGCCUAUCCGGAGCUAGCAGUGCGUGAAGAGCGUGUUUCGGUGAAACGUGCCAAUGCUUACAUAGGCAUUAAUGAGCCAGCCUCACAGCUGGCGGAUAUGCUAACACGCAUGUAUUUGGAGGCUCAAGUGGAUGCCAAGGAUGGCGAUACGCUUAAUGUUAAGAUUCCGCCCACGCGCCAUGAUGUCAUCCAUGCUUGUGACAUCUAUGAGGAUAUUGCCAUUGCCUUUGGUUAUAACAACAUCAAGAAAUCAUUGCCAGCCUUCAUGCAAAUCGCCAAGCAGUUUCCACUCAACAAACUGACCGAGCAGCUGCGUGAACAGGUAGCCCAGGCCGGAUUCACCGAGGCACUGACCUUUACAUUGUGCUCCCGUGAUGAUAUUGCACGUAAGCUGAACAAGAACAUCGAAGCCUUACCUGCCGUGCAUAUUGGAAAUCCCAAGACGCUUGAGUUUCAAGUGGUCCGCACCACUUUGCUGCCUGGUCUUCUAAAGACAUUGGUUGCCAAUCGCAAAAUGCCGCUGCCAUUGAAACUCUUUGAGAUUAGCGACGUUGUGCUUGUCGCCGAGAAUUCGGAGGUAGGCGCUCGCAAUGAGCGUCGUCUGUGUGCUGUCAAUUGCAACAAGACCGCUGGAUUUGAGAUUGUGCAUGGCCUGCUGGAUCGUGUCAUGCAAUUGCUCUCUGUGCCCAGGAAAGCUGCCAAUGCCGAGAAGGGCUAUUAUCUAGAGGCAACUGAGGAUCCCAGCUACUUCCCGGGUCGUUGCGCUAAUGUCAUGUACGAUACUCUUGUCAUUGGCAAGAUUGGAGUCUUGCAUCCCACGGUCCUGCAAGCCUUCGAGCUGACCACGCCCUGUUCGGUGGUGGAGUUUACCAUUGAGCCAUUUGUGUGAACAAGAGCUUAGCUUAGCAAUGAAAUUGUAAUUGUUUUCCCCAAUUAUUUCACAAGUCUUAAUAAAUGGUCACAAACCUUUUUAAAUAAUACAACGAAAAA